UCUAUGUACGCACCCUACGCGCACAGCCACUUCGGAGGCAUGACAAGGGGCGACGCUUUUCCGUCCUCCACCUGGAGUGCUGCGGCUUCCACACACGGACGCGCCGCUUCACGUGUACGCUCGGAUGGCGCGGCUUUGGUCGCUACGCAGCAGCGAACACGUUACUGCAGAACGCUCAUGUCGAAAGUCCCUCACUAUCCAAGUCACGGGCGUGGUGGCGCUUCUGCCGAUCCAGUGAGCGCAGCCGCACCAGAGACUUCAGUUAUGGCGGGAACGCCGAUUUGCAGCGGUGCGACGCCAAUGAAUGGCGCAGCACAGCGUGCUGUGCCGAGCCACGACGCUUCUACUCCAUUAACGGGGGCAGCCGGCGCCACCCCGCUAGCUGCAGCAGCCUCGACUCCACGUAUCAACUUCGACGCAAUGUCUCAGCGGUCACUCUCCGUUACCGCGCGACCAUUCACGCCCACGGCUCAUCAGUUUGUGCCUUCCUUCUCUGCGACUACCCCAGCAGCGCGAAGCGGAAGCGUUUCACCGGUUCCUGGUUUUCUCUGGGAUUACUCUGCGGGACCCUCGAACUAUGCUUCACCGAACAAUCAUGGUACUAUUUAUUUAAUAUUAUCAUUUUUAGCAGAGCAGCAGCAACAAGCGUUACCGGCCUACUUAAAGAUUGUGGCCUUCUAUUUAUCCCAGUUCCACAGAAGUUCAUGGUAAGAACAUAAUACAAAUGAAAUGGUUUUUUCCCCGAUGGGUCUCUUCCCUACUCGGUAUCGGUUGCGGAAGUCUGCUUAAGACCGGAGGCAUCCUUGCAGGGGGCGCUUAAGAGGAUGUCCCGGGCCCCCUUCCGCUCGGUCUGUUUCUUUCUAUUUUUUCUUGUUUUUUUUGAGAGAACCCGUGUGUCCCCUAAAACAAACAUAAGUGUCUGCAGAAUGUUAAGGCGGUUUUACUGAUAAUUCUAAUAGGGUAGGUACUAUCGUACAGCUGGUACUGUACAAAAGAUAGUGCAACGUGAUCAUACGAUAGGUAAGAAACAGUACUACUGCCUGUAAUUCUCGGCUCUUAUCUCACGCUUACCAGUUAUUAUCAUGUUUUUCUAUCAUCUCAUUUUUUUGAAAAGUUUUUUCUGAGAGUACCCUUCCCAUACUAGUAGUCGUAGUCUGGUACAUUCCGUUUCACAUGUUAAGGCUUGCUCUCACCUGAUUAAUCUACUGCGUUUAGGUGGUGCUAUCAUACAGCUUCAAGCGGUGUCUAAGAAUAGCACACUGUGAUCAUUCUAGAGUAUAGAAACUAGAUCUUCUCUCGUAUUUCCCGGCUCUUCUCUCACGCUUACCAGUUACUAUCUAUCAUCUGUUGUCCUAAAGAAGUCAGCUCUUUUUUUGGCUAAGGUCUACCUGAUUACUAUCUAUCAUCUUCUAUCACCAGCGUCAACAUGUAUCGGGCAAUGUAAUUGUAAAUGCAUGGAACUAAGUAAAGCGAUCCGUCGUUGGAGAUAGUGAUAAAUUUAGAUUAAUAGAAGAAGCUUUUUAUUAUGGGACGCCAAGGGCUGUAGCAUCUUACUAGCUGGUGGGUUUUCUUAAUCGUGUUAAAUAGGUCUAAUUAACUCUUACUAUAAUAGUAGCUAGGGCCCUCCUCUCUGGUUGUGGGUUUAUUUGGUGAACCGGUGCCCCAUAGCGAAUAACCCUGCGCGCACAGCCAGAGAGCUGAGCACUCACCGGAGGCGUUGCACAGGGCUCCGGCCUGCCUUCGAAGGUGAGACCUAUGGGGCUGACAGGACGACGAUAGCGCCGGCGCUUGCUUAGUUUUAGCAGAUAGGAGGAUGCUUGAAGAUGAUAGUGACCCUCUUCCGUUUUCUAUCUUCCUCUGGUCUUUCUUUUUUCUUCUUCAUCAAGAAAGAUCAGGGACCUCUACGGACAACUUUCUCAACACAUAUUAAGCUAGUACUUUAGACAUGAAUGUUGCGAUGAAAAUCAUUUUGGAUUUGCGUGAGCGUGUAGUGCUCUAUGUAUAUCUAUUGAGGUUUAGUUUAUCUAGAAGUAAGUAAAAAAAUUCAGGUUUCUUUGAAACACAAGAAAAUCUAUAUCGAUCGUUUCUCAGGUUCCACCCCCUCUUCUUGUGUGGUAGGCAACACUGGUGCUACUGCGUCGACGAACAACGUGUCCUUGGAAGAAGCUGAGGAAGGAAACCCCGAAUUGGCGACUUCAGGGGAAGGUGAUGACGCUAUUUCUCGAUUUUUGCGCAACACCUCAAAGCAGUGCUCCUCGUCCGCAGCUAGCAGCAACAAUCAGUCCAACACGACUGGCAACAAUACCACUCCCUCUACUUCGUUGGUCUUGAACAACAGUCAUGAACAAAAAGGUAACAACCUUCUCGUUCUCAGUGGUGGUCCUAGUACACCCACAGGGGCAAGAGUGCAGCAACAUCUUCAUCAUCAAGAAACCACUGACCAAAGAAUAACAGCUGUGAACAGUGGAGGUUCUACUUGUGAUUUGGCGGCGAGUUCUUCCUGUGCCAGACAAGGAUCUGCUACACCGGCUACGACUGGUAGUGCGAGCACCACAACAUCGCCAUCCACGGGUUCAGAGGGCGAUCGACCCACGCUUGACCAAACCUUGGAGCGUACCGGUUCCAGAGCACGGGGAGCUAGUGAAGAUUUGGAGGAGCUUUUCAGACCAAUGAUGAGCAGCGCAACGCAACGCAACUUGUCGUGAGCAAGAAACAGGUUGUCAUCACCAAGACGUAACCACAACAAGUAGUGUAAGAUUUUUCUAGCUCUGCAAAAGACUGAAAGUUUGUCAUAUUUCAUGCUCCUGAUUGAAGAAAAUGCAAGAUCAAGUCUAUUCUCUUUGUUGAUGCUGUUUGAAGAUCUUAGCUACUUAUGCAGAUCCUGCAGCAUCAUUCAACGCCUGUAAUCUUUUAUCGUUUUUUUUCCUUAAACGAAGUAGACACAUUUGUUUUCAUUAUGUAACAUCAGAAUACCAAUUUACUUUUACCUAAUUAUCGAAAAUGAUAAUGAAGAAAAUUGCGACAGUACUAGGAGUAGAUGGACGAUAAGUAGUAGGAUAACCCAGAAUAUCAGUUUUUUUACAUGCAACGACCCCCCACCGUGGCGCGCGCGCGAAAGGCAACUGAUGACUGUAUCCAUCCCAUUCGUAUGGUGAACCAUAACGGAGAGCAGUAAACGUAGAGGCGGUCCGCAACGUCAACGAAGCUGGAUGGGAGGUGGAUGUCUUCGCGUUUUGAUCUUUUUUUUCCCAUGCGAAUGCUUGCUAUCUAGGAAUUAUUCACCAACUACCUAGUAAGUACAUUUGUUUGAUGAAAAAUGAAAUGCAACCUACCAAUAUUAAUAUCUUCAACUGCGCACAUAUUUUGUUGUUCUUGUGAUGAGCGAUAACUGAACGUAAUAAUGAGGAAGAUGGAGAUCGUGGUUCGUGUAUCUUCAUCUGGAGCAGGAAUUCUUGGGGACGAACCAGUAUACUAUUUAGGGUUGGAGAUUGACGAUCUAUCGAAUUACAUAGUACUACCACAGAUUAUAUAUAUUUGCGUUCGUUGGGACAAGGUGAAUAAGAACCUAGAAAUGGUGUAUUAAGAUCUGAUGGAUAAGAUUGUACAGGGUAGUAAAGUUGUUUGGGAAUGACGUCCACCUGAACGUGACUCCCAUACAAAGGCAUAGGCGUACAAUACAUGAUAGUUAUCUUCUCAUUCUCAACCUCCUAAUAGUAAUGGUUUUCAUAUUAUGUGGCUCUUGUUUUGUGAAGAUCUACCAUUUUUUUCCGACGUACUAGUUCGGGUGAGUGACACGAGCUGAAUGAAGAAAAUGUACAACCAUCAUGCGUGGCGUGAUGAUCAUGCCUGCAACCUGCGCGUUGGCAUGCUCUGCGUGCUGAUGCAGCCUCGCAAACACCCAGUACCAUCGAAAUUUAGGCUAGCGUCGUUCCGGCGAGCUGGAUAUGCAUAAGGAGACUGACGUCAUUAUUAUUUGUUCUUCUGCUUGUAGUCUUUUUACGCGUAGUCGUACCUCCCGCUUUAUCUGUGCGACUAGUACUGCUGGGACGCUUCACUGAAAACAUUUUCGAACCACAUUCGGAAGAUCAGUCAUCAUUUAUAAAGAACUACUCCAUCUAGUUCCAAUUAUUUGCAUGAUCAUCUACUACUACUACAAGUACAAGAACAAGAACAUGUACAAGAACAUGUACAAGAACAUGUACAAGAACAUGUACAAGAACAUGUACAAGAACAUGUACAAGAACAUGUACAAGAACAUGUACAAGAACAUGUACAAGAACAUGUACAAGAACAUGUACAAGAACAUGUACAAGAACAUGUACAAGUACAUGUACAUCUGCAUUAUGAUCGUAUCUAUUCGAGUGUGUAACAUGAUAUAAUUGGACAUCAAAUACCAGACCUAUUAGUCGCUAUUUUAGACGAAUUGUGGUGUCCAGGAGUUCACUUCGUCUCGCUUAUUGCUACAGUUUACAUAUAUAAUCCGCUUCUGAGGAAAUGGCGUUGCUGGUUCCCCGACCUCCUUGCCGGCCUCGGAUCGGGGCAGCACCCCGCAAAAACCUCGUAAUAGUACAACCCGCAAGGCUGACCAUAAUCGUCAUCGACGGUGGUUGGCAACAUCUAACGAUCAAAGCGUGCAAAGUUUUUUCUUUUUGAUUACACAACUGAUUGUUUGGUCGCGGUUGCCAACUCGAAGAAUUCAGUGGAUUCCUUCAAGACCAGUUGUUCAUGUUACAUAUGAGAAAGAUGAUUCUCCACCAACAGCAACGUUUCCUGUUUAAGUAUUCUAGACAUGGGAGGACGUAAGAAUUCUAUAGUGCAUCUGAAAAA